AUCUGGCACGACAGCGGGCACCGAGUCACCUGCACGACAGCGGGCACUGAGUCAUCUGGCACGACAGCGGCACCGAGCCAUCUGGCAGAACCGCGGGCACUGGAUCACCAAGCUCGACAGCGGGCACCGAGUCAUCUGGCACGACAGCGGGCACCUAGUCAUCUGGCACGACAGCGGGCACCGAGUCAUCUGGCACGACAGCGGGCACCGAGUCAUCUGGCACGACAGCAGGCACCGAGUCAUCUAGCACGACGGUGGGCACCGAGUCAUCUGGCACGACAGCGGGCACCGAGUCAUCUGGCUCGACAGCGG